AUGACGCGCACUCCCACACCCGACACUAUGGAGCCCAAGGUCAAGACCGAAGCAGAAGUGGAGGAGGAAGCGAACACCGAAAGCCCAAUCCCGCAGCCCGCUUCCACUUCUGCUCCUGCUGCUACUUCCAUGCUGCCUUCGCGCAUGUUCAUCAUUACCAUCCACCCGAACGGAACCAACAGCCUGUCUUCGAUCCUUGACCUCCCUAACCAGCCGUCCACCAUGGCCAUAGACAACCUCUUGAGUGGUGCAUUCGAAACUUGUUUUGAAAGUUCCCGACCAACAAAUCGCCGACGCCUGAUUUCGAACACUCAGAAGGCCAUCCACCGCAACCUCGUAGACGCCGAUUAUGCUUGGGCCCAUGCAUUCCGUCAAGGCAAGGUUCUCUGCGCCAACAUCUGCGCCCCUUGGCUCAUCAACCCAACUGUUCUGAACCUCUAUCCAGCGCCAAGUCACGUCAUGGCCCAGGGGGAAAUGUUCAAGGCACGAGUUCCUGCGUCUUAUGCUUCUUCCGCACUAGACGGCCUCUUCAACUACACCAACAUGAACCUCUCCAUGUUUCCCGAUGAGUACGUACGCACCUGGGGCAUGACGUUUGUUAUCGUCCACCCGGUUGUCCUUUUCCCACUCAUCUACCGCGCACUCAGGUACUCCCUUCUCCCUGACAUCCAACACUCCUGCGCGCUGCACAUGACAUACCAUUGGACGGUCACGCUGUACAAAUGGGCCCAGGCCGAUAGUGCAGCACCCGAACCGAUCAUAAUAGACGCCGACGCCCUCAUCGAGAUCCCAGGGCACCUGGCCUCCAUGUUCUGCCAGCAGACCGGACUGCAUCUUGAUCUCGGCCUUGUACGAUUUGAGGAUGCGAAGGCGCACCGCGAAGCUCGCCUUUGGAAUGACAAGGACUACAGAGAUCGUUUCAUCCGCUUGACCGCCGAGGGCCGUUCGACUCUGGACGCCGUCAUCGAGCUGGCCAAGCCGGGCUGGGUGGCUGAUUUUGGUACUGUUGCUGCUGAAGUCAUUGGAGAUGCUGUCGGGGCCGCGCAGGACGACUAUAUGUAUUUGUAUGACAGGAGGCUGCAGUGA